AUGAGAUGCCACGCAUAUCUGGUAAGCAAAGGGGUUGACGUACUGUACCAUAAGGUUAAAGGGGGUGGGGGUGCCACUAAUUGUUCCAGGCAGGCAUAUUACCUAAGUUUAACAAAACGCCUUUUGUACGGUAGUAACCACAGUUACCUACGCUGGGAAGUAGUGUCGGUUGUGUCCACCACUGCCUCCGCGAUCGACCAUUUGAUCCACGGUUACGAGCCGUACGGCGAGUGUCGCAAAACAUUUACCUCCAUCUGCGACGACAACGAUUGCGGACCACUCAGUGAUCUAAACUCUGUAGACGACCCGUCAAUUGUCCACACCUUUAGUAUACCACCCCUGGAGGACAUACAGACUGGGGUUCAGUACAACGAUAACAACGACCCGUCAAUUGUCCACACCUUUAGUAUACCACCCCUGGAGGACAUACAGACUGGGGUUCAGUACAACGAUAACAGUAUUAAUAGCGAAAUGACAUUUAAAGCAAUUAACUCUCGCAUGAAAAACACGGCUUUAGAUGUUUACGAUAGGUUUGACGCCAAUCGCAGUCAAUUCAUAUCGCAAUCAAAGUUAGACAAAAUUUGUGCAGAAGUUGUCCAACAAUUGAAUUGUGUCGGAAUGUGUGUUAUCGACAACUUCUUGGAUGAAGUCUCACCUUAUGUUCACAACGAAGUCCACAAUCUAUACAAUCAAACAGAAUUCAAGUACGGAAUGCUAUUUAAUAACAAUACGGUUCGCAAUAUUAGAGGAGACUUAAUAUAUUGGAUAACAGGAAAUGAGACAAAUUGCCGACACAUUCACGAUCUCAUCAAAACAUUUGAUUUAAUUGUGUUUAAGUGCAACAAAAUGAACAAUAAUGGACUUUUAGGUGUUUAUAAUAUAAAUAGUCGUACGCCAGCGAUGGUCGCCUGUUUUCCCGGCAAUGGAUCUCGUUUCAUGAAACACGCCGACAACUAUUCAGGUGACGGCCGUUGCAUAACAUGUAUAUACUAUGUCAAUAAGGAGUGGCAUUAUUUGAGUGACGGCGGGUGUUUGCGUAUAUAUCCGACCCAAAUGUCGCAAAACGUGCCGUACGUAGACGUGGAGCCCGUGAGAGACCGUUUGGUGCUAUUCUGGUCCGACCGGCGAAACCUACACGAAGUGAUGCCAACAAACAAAUACCGGUUUGCGGUCACCGUCUGGUACUUCGACGACGAAGAGAGACGACAUUACAAACACACCAAUCGAUUGCACAAUAAUUUAUGAUCAAAAACCAGUGUUUGUGUGAAAGAAACAGAUAAUGUGUUUAUUUAUGACAAUUUUGUAAUGGAUUUUAUUUAAGAAUAAUAUUAUUCAACGUAUAUUUCUUGUGUAAUCGCAU